AUGGAAGACUCCAGCGAAAAUGUUGAUAUUCAAGACGAGAAGCUUCAAAAUGUGACAAUACCGAGGGUGACUGCAGCAGCAGUUGCGUCCAGCCACCUGGAGGUUGUUCCCGUGGCGCCUCGGCUGGCCCGGCUGACCCACCUGCUGUCUGCAUGUGCUUAUAACGAGCGGGACGAGGAGGAGGAGCUGAGAGGGGGUGAAGGGGAGGGCGAGGAGGGAGAGGGAGGAGGUGGGAGGAGAGGAGCUGGUGGGAUGGGAGGAGGAAUGUAUAAUGGAGCCAGGGAGGGUGUAGGAGAGGGAGGUAUAGAGAAGAGGGGGAGACAGAAAGGGUACACGUGGCAGGAGCUGGUUGGUCGGGUGCAAGCGAGUGAGGAAGAGAUUCGAGCUGGCUUGGAGGCUGCUGGUGCCGUGAAGGUGGGUGGAGAGCGGUGCAAGAUUGGUGACACGUGGCGCGGAGUCGACCCCGGAUACCUCGCCUUGCUCCUCCACCUCCUGCUGCUCACAGCAGCAGCCAAUGACUGGCCGCCACGUGCCAUUCCCGAGGCUGCUGCUGUGGCUGCCAUGUGUGGGGAAGCGGGGGAGGGGGGAACGGGGGAAGGGGGAGCGAGGGAGGGGGAGAGGAGGGAGGGUCCGAGGGCAGAGCUGGUGAGGCACUGUCUGAAGGUGUUUGGUAAGCGGAGGAGGAAGGGGAGGAGAGAGGAGUGGGAGGAGGCGAGGAGCGUCAGAGUGGGGGGGAGUGUGGGGGACGGGGACGAUGGAGAGAUGGAAAGAGGUAUUAGAGGAAGGGAUGGGAAGGAGGAUGAAGAGCGUGGAAGAGGAGGGGGAGGGGAGGGUGGAGGAGGGAAAGGGGGGGAGUGUGUGUGGUGGGAGUUGGAUGAGUGCAAGGUGUGUCGCCACUAUGCCAGGCAGCUGUUGGAAUCAGGCACUCAUUGGCGCCUCUCUGCAUUCAUGCACGCAUGGAUGAAGAACGUGCCUCUCGUUGCAUGCACUGCCCACGCCCGAAUUCCUUACCUUCCUCCCCAUACACCUCUCCCAUGCACCUCUCCCAUGCACCUCUCCCAUGCACCUCUCCCAUGCACCUCUCCCAUGCACCUCUCCCAUGCACCUCUCCCAUGCACCCUCUGCCGCCUCUCUGCACGCACAUGCACGCACUGGAAACGAAGGCACGCGUUGGCGUCUCUCUGCAUUCAUGGAAGCAUGGGCAAACAAUGUCCCACCCGCCAUUGCUAUACCACUUCACACCACUGUAAACCUAUGUGCACCAUCCCUCAAUCUGCCUUCACCUCCCCAUGCAAACUCUCUCCCGCAGGCGCUCGCUGGCGCCUCUCUGCAUUCAUGGAAGCAUGGGUAAAGAAGGUCCCACCCGCCAUGGCCCAAUCACUGGACGCCACGUGGCUGAGAGGCCUGGCAAUCCUACAGCACGUGGGAGGACCAGCAGCAGCAGCCGCCGCGGCAGCGGCAGUGACAGCUGCAGCGACAGCAGCUGGGAAAUCGGAGGAGGAACAGGAGUGUGAGCCGUUGGGAGGGGUGCAGAGCACGUGGGUGCGCUUCCUGCCGAGUGACCAGCUGCCAGCCACGGCAGAGCAUCGCUUCCAGGCGCUGUUCACCGUGCAGCCCAUGUGGGCUCUUGCUGACCUUGAACCCUAUCUCAUUGAUCUACAGGGGCCCGGCCAAUCAGUGGAGACCCUUCUCAUGCGAUUCACUCGUAAGGUACAGGAGGGGGCAGAUAAACCUGAGCUGUACUGCGCUCGAUAA